GUCGUUGGUGUGGUCAGAGUGAAACCGGAAGCGGACAGACACUAACCCUGAGGCGAUCAGUCCAUGUCAAGACUCCUGGAGAAGAAGAGUAGAGUGAUACGCUGAUUAUUCCUGACGUUACCAUGACACAGUGAUAUUUAAUUACACUGUAUUAAAUUGACAAAUUAUAUUAAAGUGUGUGUGUUAGAGCAUCAUACAGGAGCAUAAACAUGGUGGAUAACCGCUACGCCACGGCGUUAGUGAUCGGCUCUGUGCUGAGCCUGUUGGCCAGUGUAUACCUCUCUGUGGCUGUCGGGACUCAGCACUGGUACCAGUACCGCAGUCCGCCACCCAGCAACGACGCUAACAACGGCUCAGACCUGCAGAAACUGAGGGAGGACUUCAUGGGUGAAGAUGUGAUGGAGGUGCAGUACAGUGAAGCUCUGUUCCGUAUCAACGGCUCUCUGGGGCUGUGGUGGCGCUGCAUCCUCAUGUCUAAGCCUGACUAUAAGGUGGUGUCUGAAUGUAAGGCCUUUACUUUAGCUCAGCAGUUUGAAGUCAAGUCCAAACAUCCAAAUAACAGCAGCAGUGAGGAGGAUUUUCUGCGCACAGCUCUGUGGCGAUGUCGCUUCGUCUUCCCACUAGUGUCUCUCGGCUUGGUGUUUCUGGCAGCUCUAGUUGGAGUGUGUGCUUGUCUCUGUCGCAGCCUCACACCCACACUGUUCGUAGGACUGUUGCACCUACUGGCAGGUUUGUGCUCUCUGGCGACGGUGUGCUGUUUCCUGGCAGGAGUGGAUCUGCUGCACCAAGUGUUGGAGUGGCCUGAGGGUGUGGCCUCAUCUCUGGGCUGGUCCCUCUACCUGGCUCUGGUCUCCUUCCCACUGCAGAUGAUGGCUGCUGCUCUGUUCAUAUGGGCUGCCAGGAGCCACCGCAAGAACUACACUCGCAUUACUGCUUACAGGGUGGCGUAAUUCACACAGUGUCACCUCACGACUAGAGAACUGCAACACAGCUUCCACAUACAUCACAUACACAACUCACCUCAGGAGUCGCCUGAGAAAUCACAUGAACUGUAUUCUGAAGUCAUCUUAGGAGUCACCUGAUGAGUUAUCAGUGGAGGAACCUGAGGAACCCCCUCAGGGGUCACCUUAGUAACCACAUAAAGCCUAACCUAAGGAGUUACUUUAGUGAUGAACUACUGAGGCUUUAUAACAGGGUUUCCGCGGGGUCAUAAAAAGUCAUAAAUUUAACAAUAAGAAUUUAAGGCCAUAAAAAGACAUAAAAACGUCCGGUUUUUCCAUACAAGGUCAUAAAAAACAUUUAGCCACGUCUUAAAUUGAUAUGCUCGUCCAUUAAUUUGUUCUUCAAUCAAAAAGCGCUCACAGCAGCAAUGGCAUUCAUUUGUUUCGCCUGUUGUAGUUCUGUAUGAGGAAUCUGGGUGGUAUCACACUUGUAUCACAGCGUUCCAGAACUACAAGGUCCAUGCGGCAGCAUACAGACUUGUCGGAAGGACUUUCACAGAAACCCGCAUGAACUCCGAACAUACUGUAUCAUACUGAGUCACUGCUUAGUUUAAUUCAAAUCAUCCUGGCUAUCACAAUGGGAAAAUGUACCUUUAACGAUCUUGGAUCGAAGACGGUACGUUUAGUAGCUGGCUCAAACCCGUCGCUAACAAUCGGUAUCAAGCCUAUUGCACUCUGUGUAAGAAGACGUUGGAGCUGUCUAGUUUAGGCAUAAAAGCCUUGAAGUCGCAUGCAAAGUCAGAAAAGCAUAUCGUUGCUGUAAAAGGCCUGCAGCUUGUGCAGGCGAUCCGUCAGUUUUGUUCGGCUCCGUCACUAACGUUACCCGGUCCAAGUACAGCGCAGGAUUCCGUUUCUGUCGCAUCCAGUGCCACACACAGUGGUUUCGGAUCAACCUCCACACUGAAAGCGGAGGUCCUGUGGGUGUUGAAUACUGUGACCAAACACCAGUCGUACAACGGGAACGAGGAUAUUGCCGAACUUUUCCGAACAAUGUUCCAAGACUCUGACAUAGCCAAAACAUUUACAUGAGGGAAAGAUAAGACCUCAUUAAGCCUCUUAAGUAAGAAAUAAUAGAAUUACUCUUUAAAUAAUAAAACUUGUUACUUUCAAUGAAAGUCAAUAAUAAAGACUUUUGAAAGGAAUUUUAAUGACUGAAGUUAUUUAUCGUAAUUCGUGUAGGUCAUAAAUUUAAAUCAUAAUGGUCAUAAAAAGGUCUUAAAAAGUCUUAAAUUUGUCUGAUUAAACCCUGCAGAAACCCUGUAUAAUGUGUUUAUAAUCUCCUUAUUACUGCCUUAUUCACCACUAAACACCAUCAUACAGCAGAAUCCCCAACACCACUACACAGAACACCAUGUUCUUCAAUCCCAUCACAGAAUAAAGUAUGUAAAAGUGUUUUUAAGACUAAUAUUUAUAGAAUUUUAGUUAAAGCAAAAAUCUGGAAUGAUAUUGUUUCAUCUUUUAAAGUCUCUGUGAUGUUUUUCUGGCCCUGAAAAUAAGCUCUGCCCCUUGAUGGUGGAAAAUGAGCUAAAAAAAAGAAUUAACUCACAUUUCUUGUGAUGCAAAGAGUGUUUGAUAUAGACAGCAGUUAUAUCACAACAAUAUCAGUAAUUCUGUAUGAUGUACAGAACGGUACCGAGUCUCUUCAUGCUCCAGUUUUAUUUUUACUGCUGUGAUUUUUAACUGAAAUGAACUUGACACAGAGUUUGUGGACUGCAGUAGUGGUUCAUGACGAGUCCAGUAGCAACAUUGGGAAAAAUAUUCAGCUGAAUUCAUUUCCUGUGUUCGUUGUGAAUCCUCUUAGUUUUGUCUACUUUACUGCAGUAUAUUCAAUAAAGUCUGUAUUUACGAUGUCAGUACGUCUGUAACAUAAAUCAUUUUUAAUGCAGUAAUUUAAGAGGUGCUUUAACCACUGAAGCCUUUUACUGCUUUUCUUUCUCACAGUCUUCAUUACAGCCAGAACCUGAUUUAUUUCUUUAGAUCUCAGAUCAGAAAUCUGAGGGUUUCUUACAGCUCACAUCAUCACUUCAAGGCUGUAUCAUGGCUUUUGUCUGUAUAUGGGUUUUUAGUUUGCAUCAUAUGACUCAUGUUGUUUAACUUUCGCUCAAAUGACUCUUAAAGCUGAAGCAGUAGAUUAACGCUGAGUUUAAACAGAUACCUCACCGUCACCAUGAGACUCCAGGACACUUCACUGUGACAUUAUAAUGCUGUCCAGAUUACUGUCUGUGUCUUUUAGGGUUUUAUACAUGUUUUUAUAUUCCAACAUUUACAAUGUGUGAUCACAAUAAAUGUCAAUCCAAGUGGAA